AAGCUAGUCUUAUCUGGCAACGCUGAAAAUGGCCUGAAGCAAAGGCCAAAUAGUUAUUAAUAAUAGUAAAUCCGAUAAUAAUAGUCGCGUGUUUCGUAUUGCAUGUUAAUUAUAUAGUUCGCCAAGCAGCGCAUACAGGCGAUUGGCACAUUCCGCCAGUCACACCGAGCCGCGCACACGGCUGGCAGGCCAGUUAAAUGAACAUUAUUCCUUACUUUUCUGUCCACUGCACUCCACACGUAUUUGCGUAGCUUUUAAAGUAGCUAAAUUCGUGGAUUUCAACGCACUUGGCGCGUCUUAGUCAAAGUGGCCCAGUUAAGCAGUCCAAUUGGAAAACUGUGAAAAUGAUGUAAAGGAAAACUCUCAAGUAGUCCAACUGUGUGUGCGUGUGUGUGUGUGUGCGUGCGGUGAGUGUUGGUGUGUGGAAAUUAACGUAGUGUGAAGAAGAAAAGCGAAGGAAAAGCGACAAUUGCAGUCCAAGGCGAACAGCAAAAGCAACUGAAGGUUGCCCACGCCCCCUUCGUCCCCGCGCCCCCUUGGAGGACAACUAACGGGAGUGCAAGGAAACGGCGCCGCCAUGGAGGAAAAGCGCAUCGCCGACUACUUUGUGGUGGCCGGAAUGCCGGAGAAUCCGCAGCUGCUGCAGGAGAACAGCUUCAAUGACUCGGGAAGAUUGAGAGCGGCCACCACCAUCGAACCGAUCACGGACAUCGGCGUCUAUUUCCCGCUGCUGGGCGAGGAGGUGCCCGAGGGAUACGAGAUCCUCUCGCACACGCCCACGGGUCUACAGGCGAACCUCAAUCACGGAUCGGUCCGCACCACCGACUGCUACAUCUACUUCCGGCGUGGCAAGGAUCGCCCGCCGCUGGUGGACAUAGGAGUCCUGUACGAUGGCCACGAGCGGAUCAUGUCGGAUGCGGAAAUCGUUGCGGAGACGCCUGGCGGCAGGGUGGCCAAUGUGAACAACUCGUCCGCGAAGACGUUCCUCACGUACCGACGCGCCCGAGCGGACAUGCCCUGCAACGAGCUGGUGGUCACCGAACUGUGCGUCAUUGUCCAGAGCAAGGGUGAGCGGGCUCCGCACGCCUUUUGCCUAAUCUACAAGACCCUGAACAAGGGCUAUGUUGGCAGCGACGUCUACCUGUGCUACAAGAAGUCCAUGUACCGGCCUAAGCACAUCAGCUACAAGCCGGAGAUCCUGCUGCGCUACCCCACCUUCGACCACACCGACUUCCCGCUGAAUCUGUGCCCGAGCGUGCCGCUCUUCUGCCUGCCAAUGGGCGCCUCCCUGGAGGCCUGGCCACACGUCAACGGCACGGAGAAGCGGAAACCCAUCAGUCCGGUGUUCAGCACUUUUGUGCUCACCGUGAGCGAUGGCACCUACAAGGUUUACGGAUCGGCGUUAACUUUCUACGAGGAUUACGAUGAGUCAAAGUUGUCGGCUGAGCAGAAGGAGCUGCUCGGUUGGGACGAGGAGUUCGGCGCCCAGCACUCGCUGCACAUGAUCAAGGCUAUAUGUCUGCUGUCGCAUCAUCCCUUUGGCGACACCUUCGACAAAUGGCUGAAGUACCUUCAUCGAAUGGUUCUGUAUGACGUUAAUAUACCCAUUCCCGUGGAGCGCUACAUCACCCAGCUGCUGGACGAAGUACCGUUUCCGGCGCCCAGCAUUCACCUGCAGCUGUCCAGCGAGUCCAACGAUCGCAUACUGCUCACACAGCCGGAAGAUUCCCCGCUGCCGCGAAGUGGCGCCGGUUUCCACAUACUGCUCCAGAACCUGGGCACCGACAACUGUCUGCAUGUGCUGCUGCUGGCCCUCACCGAACAGAAGAUACUCAUCCACUCACUCAGACCUGCCACGUUGACUGCUGUGGCCGAAGCCAUUGUCUCCCUGCUGUUUCCGUUCAAGUGGCAGUGUCCGUACAUCCCACUUUGUCCGCUGGGCUUGGCGGAGGUGCUCCAUGCCCCAUUGCCUUAUCUCAUUGGCGUGGACUCGCGCUUCUUCGAUUUGUACGAGCCGCCCACGGAUGUCACCUGCAUCGAUUUGGACACCAACAACAUUAGCCUAUGUGAGUCGCAGCGUCACUUGUCACCCAAGCUGCUGCCGAAACGGGCAGCCCGCCUACUUCGCCAGACGCUCACCGAACUGGAGAAUGCCAAGCCCAUUAGCUAUGACUCCACAAACAGUUUGGAUCGCGAUAUUCGAAAGCGGAAACGAGAACUGGUGCUGGAGCAGCGCAUCCAGGAGGCCUUUCUGCUCUUCAUGGCCAGCAUUCUGCGCGGCUACAGAGACUUUCUGGUGCCCAUAUCCAAGGCACCAUCGGUGGGAGCCACCGAUCCAAGUGCCCUCUUCCAGCUGAAGGCUUUUUUGCGAUCGCGUGAUAAGUCGCACCAGAAGUUCUUCGAGCUGAUGAUGAAGACCCAGAUGUUCAUCCGUUUCAUUGAGGAGCGUUCCUUUGUCUCCGAUGGCGAUCAUGGUCUCAGCUUCUUCGACGAGUGUGCGGAGAAGGUGGGCAACUACGAUGAAACGCCCGCCCAGCUGCAUUUGGUGGACUGGGACACGGGGCAGAACAGCGAGCGCACCAAGUACAUCUUUCCGCCGGACAGCGUAACUCCGGCGGGAUCUCAGCCUGGCGGCGGAGGAGGAGGAUUAGCCUACAACUACGAGAACUUUACGCUGCAACCGGAACUGUUGCAGAGCACGAAGAAGACGGCUUUAUCGAAAUUUCUGCAGCUGCAGCUGAACGCUUCCCUCUCGCCAGGAUCACCCAUUGCCCGGCGAACCAAACACGAGAUUAAGCUGUCCCAGAAGAUGGCCAGCCGUUGUCAGCAGCAUCCGGAGGCGUGGUCCAAAUACUUGUUGGCCACCUGUUACUCGCUGUACUUCCUCAUCCUGCCAUCCAUGGUCUUGGAUCCGCGGCACGCCGGCAAGGAGCCAGAGAUACUGCGCGCCGCCUACGAUGUCCUCGUGCGAGCCAGUCGUCUAAAGAUCACCUGUGACGAGUUCUGCUACAGGAUCAUGAUGCAGCUAUGCGGUAUUCACAAUCUGCCUGUGCUGGCCGUCCGUCUGCACUACCUGAUGAAACGCUCUGGCGUGCAGGCCAAUGCGCUCACCUAUGGCUUCUACAACCGCUGCGUCCUUGAGUCGCAGUGGCCCCAGGACAGUACCACGAUCAGCCAGAUCCGCUGGAAUCGCAUUAAGAACGUGGUGUUGGGAGCGGCGCAGUUCCGCAAGGCUGGCAAACAAAGGGCCGCCUCCAAGGUGAACAAGUCGCUCAGUGCGUCCCAGGACCAGAACCUCAGCACCCUGGAAACGGUGGACGGACAGUCGCGCACCAGUUUGGCUUCCUCCUCCGGCGAUGGCGGUGGCCAUGGACUGCUCGAUUUUGCCGCCUUCGAUCGGCUCAGGAACAAGUUGGGCAGCAUUGUGCGGCAGACGGUGACGGGCGGCAAUAACGAGACAAUGGGCGAUGCGGUCAACAACACUGGGUUGCUCAUACCCGGCGAACUCAGCGCCCCGAAUACGCCGACCUAUGGCGGUGACACCGAAAUCCUGGCCAAGGCACUUCAGCAACAGCAGCCACGCAAACAGAUCAUGAGCAUUGGCGGCGGCGAUGACGAUGAUGAGGAUGAGGACGAAGAUGAAUACACGGCCGGAUCGCCGAGCACGCCGCAAAAGCAACUGGAAGCGGGCGCCGAUGACCUGGAAUACGCCGGUGGAGGAGACUACGAGGCGGACGAGGAGGACGAAGAUGAAGUCGACGAGCAUGUGGCCGCACAGCGGGCACGUCAGCGAGUGCAGAGUCCAACCAAAAUCUCGCCACGCACGCCCGUGACCCAAAACGAUCCACUGGGUGCUCUCAACGAGGAGGAGUCCGCCGCCAGUGCCACGCCCACGCAGGAGACGCAGCAGGAGCAGCAGCACUCACAGUCGCAGAUCGACAGCAGCAUAUACAGCGACAAGCCGAUCCUGUUCCGGGGCCAGAGGAGCGCCACUUUCGACGAGUCGACGCAGAUCGGGAAGAGUAUGCACCGUUCGGAAACGAUGCCGGUGGCCAGCAGCGGUGUGACCAACAGCCUGGCCAACAUCGGAUCCUCGCUGAAGUUCACGUUCGGACGUUAUUCACCCGCACGAUUGUCCCUUAAGAAAGACUUGAAAUUGCCCGCCAAUAUUAUAGAAAAUAUAUCGAGCAUAAGUCCCAGCUUGACGGGCAAGAAGUCGAACGAGUUGAUCCAGGGCAGUCUGAGCAGCAUCAAAUCGGCGGCCAAUUCGCUGACCAAAAAGUUCGACGAGAUCAAAGGCGUGAUAUCGGCCAAUUCAACGCCGACGAAAACGAACAAUGGACACCAUCCGCAUGGCCUGCAUCAUGGUCACCAUCAUCCGCACCACCACCAUCAUCAUCAUUCGCAGCACGGCAAUGCGGAGCAGGAGGAGCACGAUGCCGCCGUCCACGAGGAGGGCAAGCUGCGUCGCGUCUCAAGCGACCUGGAUCCAUGGGGCAGGCUCAGCGAGUCGCGUAAAUCCAGCUACAAUAACCUCGUGCCGCUCGGCGAGAACAGCUCCACCGGCGCCCUUCACAUGCACGCCUUUCCCGCUGUGCCCGACAACCUCUAUAGUCUAACAAGCGAGAACGCCGCGGAUCGUGACUGCGAUGUGCUGAUCCAGCUGACGACCUGCUCGCAGUGCCACAAUUGCUCGGUGCUCGUCUACGACGAGGAGAUCAUGAGCGGCUGGACGGCGGAGGACUCUAACCUGAACACCACCUGCCAUGCCUGCAACAAGCUCACGGUGCCUUUCCUCAGCGUACAGAUCGAACGGCAGGUGGAGGAGUCGGAACAGUCGGAUCCGCUGCAGGACGGCAAGGAGCAAAUAGCCAACGGCAAUAGCCACAAGACCAGCCUGACCGUGCCGUAUCUAAAUCCGCUGGUGCUGCGCAAGGAGCUGGAGAACAUACUCACGCAGGAGGGCGACAUUGCGCUGAUAAAACCGGAAUUUGUCGAUGAGCACCCGAUCAUCUAUUGGAACUUGCUCUGGCUGAUGGAGCGCAUCGAGAGCAAGACGCACCUGCCCGAGCUCUGUCUGCCCGUGCCGAGCGACAAGGAGCACAUCGAUCCGCUGAGCAAGGUGAAGACGGUGCACAUCCAGUGCCUGUGGGACAAUCUGAGCCUGCAUACGGAGGCCAGUGGUCCACCCAUGUACUUGCUGUACAGGGAGACCCAGCCGACGAGUCCGCUCAUCAAGGCGCUGCUCACCGAUCAGGCGCAGCUCAACAAGAAUGUCAUUCAGCAAAUCAUUUCGGCCAUCCGGUGCAAUGACUUCGCCACUCCUCUCAAGCGCUUGGCCAAUGAGCGACACAAGCUGAAGAGCAACGGCGUGGAGCGAUCGCACUCGUUCUAUCGCGACAUACUCUUCCUGGCCCUGACCGCCAUCGGUAGGUCCAACGUGGACCUGGCCACAUUCCAUCGCGAGUAUGCAGCCGUGUUCGACAAGCUGACGGAGCGGGAGUGCAACAUGUACUAUCGCAAUCAGGAUCUGCCGCCCUCGGCAUCGACGAUCUUCUGUCGUGCUUACUUCCGCCCGCUUCUGCUGCCCUGACGCAGUGGCUCCCAGCUGGAGGCAGGAGCAGCUUCAAGCGAUGCCGAAGUGGACACAUGAGUGGAGCAGCCGAAGCCUAAAAGACAAGACGACCAAAUAACUUGAUAACAAAAUGGAAACGAAGGGAGAGUUUGACGACAACGAAACGCUUAUCACACACCUUAGGCUGGGUCGAUUUUAUAGAUGGGACAAGUAUGAAUUAAUUUUACUUAGAUAUCAGAGCUCUUAUUUACGUUACGGAAAAGAAAAGGACGGUAUUUUGGAACUAUUCCUAGUAGGCUAUAAAAAUGUAAUUGUUUUAAACGAAAAAAAAAAAAUACUUGAUUCGAAGUGUUCUUAGGUUUUCAAACUAAUAGUUUUUUCCCAAGCGAGGAAGCCUUCUGGGCAAACUUCUUUAGAAUUGUCCUCAAUUUACUUGUACUUGUACACAAGCCAGAAUAUUUAAAUUCUUAAACGAACUUUCCUAAGUGAAAGCCCCAACUUGACAUGUGUUGCAUUGUGAAAACAUGCAAAUGAUUUUGUAAAUGACUUGAUCUUAACAUUUAAGUACUUAACGAUUUUUCGCUGUUUAAAACUAAUCAAAAAUAUACACACACACACACGAAUGACUGGUUUCUGUGACAAUACAUGAAUGCGUUCAGGCAGUGCGUUUCAUAGGUGUAAUAGCAGCAAUGGAUUAGUUUAACGCCCCUCCUAAUAUUUUGUACUUACGACCAACUCACCUAGUCUAACGACUGCCUUUUCUGAUGACGCUACAUUUUGCACUACGGUUCACCGAACAACGAGGCCUUACACGGCCGAAACGCACUGCACUUACCACUAUCCAUAAAAACACGAAAGGAAGCCACACUUUUGAUUGCCCCUCGUCAGAUUUGCCUUAUUAUAUAUAAUAUAACGAUACAUAUUCGUGUACAUACAAAGCUAUAUGUGCGAUCCUGUAAAUCAGCAUUGUUAGCGGAACCCCCAGCCUCUUCUCCUGCGCGGCUCCAUCCUCUCCACCAUCCGGUUAUUUCAAAAAUAAUCGCCUGUGUAAACGCACUUUUUUUUUAACUUGAGAUUUCCUCACAAUGCUCGGCUCUUUUAGUUAGCAUAGCAAACUUUUGGGAACGUGGGAAGGAGGAUAAACGGGGGGCGGCGGUUAACUAAUAUCGACGGCAGAUAACAAUUAAACAACGAUUACAAUAGCAAUAAUUAAUGGAUAAUCGGAUAAUCGUAUUUAAAUGUAGAUGGGACUCUAACUCUUGCAGAUCUAAUGGUACGACACACGUUCACGUCCACGUUUUUAAAGACAACACAUCCCCAAACACACACUUCUAAUUUUUUUUGUCGGGAAUCUUAACUAAAUGUAUAUUAAAUAAUUCAUUUAAUUGAAACGUAAAUCGUAACAAAAAUGGCAAAAAGAAUAAAC